AUGGAUGCAAGGGAGCCCUCCCUCGAGGAGGAGACGGACAGCACCCAGCCAAAGACAAAUUGGGCACAUACCAUGAUCUCAUACAGUGGAUGCACCACUGUCAGUGACCCUCCAGGUUUGGAAAAAAGGAUGGAAAUUUCCAGGGCCGGGGAGGGGGAUGUUGCUCAGUCUCAUGUGGUCAACGUAUGGUCUAUCAAUUACACUUUCAACGACCGAGUCAAACCCCUGUCUAUUGAUGAAUUGGAGGUUGAAAUCAAAUUCGAUUGGGCAAAGGAGACGGUCCUGAAGCGUAUGCAGUAUCGCGACGUGAUGGCAAUGGAUGGGGGCGAGGAUGCAGUGGCAAAAUUUGCGCCUAUUACACACACAUUUACAUGA